AUGAUGCAUGUAGAGUUUUAAGAGAUUUCGUACUGAAAAGUGGUUGUCAACUUACGUGUCAUACUGCAUCUUGCAGAUUUGCUUCUCCCUCUGAACAAGGAUAGAACCGCUUAAUCAUGCGAAUGAAGGCUGUAUUAAAUCACAUCAGCGACGGUAUUCGCAUGAAUUUUGAUUUUUUAAAUUCAAAUGCUCAAACGCAGGAGGGCUUCAACAUUGGAUUGUAUUGAAGAGUGUUUAAACAAAAACUUAAAAAAUCAGUGUGGCCGGAGUCCAACAGCCCCAAGAGGAUUAGGAUUUGGACAACUCACGUUUAGUGCGAUCCCAAUCAAGACAAGAGAGCGCUCACCUUCUUGAUUCAAAGGCCGCGAAAGGCCGUGUUGAAAGUGAGACAACUGACAAAAGCAGAACGUUCAAACCGUCGGCUUCUCAGACCUUUCUCGUCUUCACUUGACCAUGGGCAUUCCAACUUGGGCCAAUGAAAGUGCCUCAGGAACAGAUGCUGCCAACCGCGGUCCCAAGCCUUUCAAUCGUUGGUAUCCCAACUCAACCGAAUACUCGCGGGUCAAGUUCCCCGUCAACAAAAUUGAAAAUUCACCCACCCUAAGUGGGCACGGAACCGAUGAUGUUCAAACCAGGACCCCAAUGGUGAUCCCAUUUCCCCACCAAGCUGAAGUCCCCGCAUUCUGUCAACCGGAUCAAGUUGUUUUUCACAUAAAGCGAGAAUUUCAAUCGGAUUCUAAGAACCCUUGGUGCGAUUCGAACCAUGCCCACAAGAUGGUCACUCUCGAGCCAUUGGACCAAGUCAAAGAGAUCGAGGUCCAAAACCGAAUCCCAAAUAAGACGAACCUGAUCCCAACCGCCACCAAAGUCAUGGUCGAGGAGCCCAAGCAAUGGUACACACAAUUCAGCCGGAACAUUCAUGGAUUGAAGCGCGAUAUGCCAUACAAUAAUCUGCAAUGGCCGCCCAAGGGAAAUUAAUAAAUAGGGCAUAAUACAUGCACACUUAAUAAGAGUGAUGUUGAAAUAAACUUCCUUUCUUUCAUUUUCAUCAAUCAUCACGCACAAGGUUGGAAUGAGAUGGAACAGAAUCCGUUUUAAGUCAGAUAGCAUUAUAUCGUGGCGUCAUGGAGAGACAGCCUUCAUUUUGAAUUGAAUGCCUGGUCUGAUGAGCACUCGUAACAAUAUUUGAUUGACAGAACUGUUGAUUGUUAUUUAUUUCUGAAAUAUAGCGUCUUGUUUACCACUUCACCGAGGGUAAAAAUACUUA